AUGUCGAUUCGAAGCCGUUCCGGCAUUCCCGCGACGCCUCGCGUCAUCUCCCCGAGCCCGACCCCGUCCGAGUCAGAAUCCUCCGCCUCCUAUUUCCCCCGUCACACGAUCCGCCGCGCGGCGGCGGCCACCCCUCAGCCACUCGAAAACAUUACAGACGAAGAUGAGCCGCCUCUUUCCCGGAGGUCCCGGACGAGGAGUCGCUCGCCCAUCGAGACGGCUCGCAUUCGGCGCCUCACAUCGCGAAAGGCCAGCUCGUCGCUGACCAAGCCGUCGGACAGCGUCAAGGCAUCCGAGCCCAUCAUCGCGACCAACGGCAAACCCGCCGAGGCCAACGGCCAUCUCGCCCCCUACCCCGGCCACCCCGCUCGGCUGGAGCUGGAGGGAUUUCAGCACGAGGUGCCCCGCAAAGUUCUUCACGUGUCCAUCGGCUUCUUCACGCUUUGGCUCUACAUCAGCGGCACCCAGACGGGGGCCGUCGCGCCAUGGCUGCUCGCGGCGCUAAUACCCAUCGCCACGGUUGACUAUCUCCGAUUCAACUUCCCGGCCGUCAACCGCAUAUACGUCAUGGUGCUAGGCGCCCUCAUGAGGAGAGCGAAUACUCGGGAUGGAAUGGACGUCGGCAUCAUGGGCGUCCUCCUUCUCAGCUGGUGCGAUACCGCCGCCAGCACCUUUGGCCGGCUCUACGGCCGCUACACUCCGAGGGUCCGCCGCGGCAAGUCCCUCGCCGGAUCCCUCGCGGCGUUCUUCGUCGGCGUUGGCACCUCCUGGUUCUUCUGGGGCUGGCUCGCUCCUAAGACCGGCCCUUUCCCCGGGGACGAGACGUAUCCCUUCAUGUUCAAGAACGUUCUCCGGCUCCCCGGCGUCGUCUCGGAAACCCUAGGCCUGACCGACGCGCAGUCCACCAUUUCGGGCAACCUCGCACUCGCGGUGGUGUCUAUCUGGUCCGGCUUCGUUGCCGCAGGCAGUGAGGUGGUUGACCUCUUCGGCUGGGAUGACAACUUGACCAUCCCCGUUCUCAGCGGCAUCGGUCUUUGGGGCUUCUUCAAGCUUUUCGGCUAG